AUGACCAAGACAUACGCUUUCUUUAUCGCUUUGGCAUUUAUGGUUAGCUUGGUGCUUGCUGGCGGACAUUACCAUGAUGACGAGGGUGAUUGUGAUUCUUACGGCGGCGUCAAUCCACCUCCUGGUCAACAACCACCUCCUGGUGGUGUGUAUCCAACAGGUGGCACCUCCACUGUUACCGUUACCUACACCGAAACUGUCACUGAGACAUCCACCGUCACUGGUGCACCCACUGGCAACACUGGAAAUGAUAACAAUAACGACAACAAUGACAACUCGGGUGCAUCCAGUCACUUGGCUGGUAUUCUCCCCGUUGCUAUGGCCGUUGUUGCUGCAGGUUACCACCUUGCCUAA